UUAUAUGGCCGUAAGCGAGUGGAAACGAUCAUCAGAGACAUCCAUUAGAGAGAGAGAGAGAGAUACCUGGAAAAACAUAUACAUGUGAAAGUUUCAAGACGAAGAAGUUCGGUGAUUAAUUUUCGAAGAAAAUUUUCAGGAGUGUGAAAUUGUCGAAGUUAAAAGUGAAUCACUGACGAAUAAGGAAAUCCUGUCAGACAAGAUUUCAGGCUAAGAUGAAUGGGUCAGAAAGUUCCUCUGAAGAUAAGCAUCAAAACGGAGACGAGGUAGCUAUUGAUAUCGACGACAACGUGGAACGUCCAGAUUGUUGUAUUUAUAAGGUUCCUAAGAAACUUAGGAACAUAAAUAAUGAUGCUUACACUCCUCACAUUGUGUCGAUCGGUCCUUAUCACCAUGGCAAAGAAAAAUGGGAUGACGGGCAAAGCAAAAAAGAAUGGAAAUGGGAUGAAGUGGAAAGCAAAAAAGAAGGGAAAUGGGAUGACAUGCAAAAGCUAAAGAAGAGAUAUCAGGGAAAGUUUUUUAAGAAGAUCCUGGAGAAAGAGCAAACCAAGAAUUUUGUCGAAGAAGAUGAACAACGUAUCCGCGCUUGUUAUAAAGAAACAUUUGAGGUUGUCAAAAAAGAGGAACAACGUAUCCGCGCUUGUUAUGAAGCAAAAUUUGAGGAUUUCGAUUCAGUGGAGUUCAAUAAGAUGAUUCUGGAUGAUGCUGUCUUCAUCAUUGAACUCUUCUCGAGGAAUUACAAAGUUGGUACAAGAGAUUUUUUCCUAAGUAAACCAUGGCUAACAAAUGCUGUAAAACUGGACUUGCAAUUACUUGAAAAUCAGCUUCCAUACUUUGUCCUGAAAAAGUUAUACAAGUUAGCCUAUGGAGGAGUAUCUCCUUCCUUCGUUACUCUUUCUUGCAAGUUUUUCGGUUAUAAGGAGCCAGCUGGAAAAGCUAAUUGGGAUGACAAAAUUAAACAUUUUGUCGACUUGAGAAGACAUACUAUGUUGGUCAACGGCAAAAUCGAUCAAAAUUUCCCAAAGUCUCUACGCGGAAAAAUUGAAGAUUUACCAAGUGCAGUGAAGCUAAAUGAGUCAGGGGUGAAGUUUAAGUCGGUCGAAAACAAAGAUGCAGUGAAGACGGAUGAGUCAGGGGUGAAGUCUAAGGCCGUCGAAAACAAAGAUGCAGUGAAGACGGAUGAGUCGGGGAAGAAGUCUGAGUCAGACAAAGAAAACCAAGAAGAAAUAAUUUUACUUAAGAUAGAAUUUGGAAAGAGAGAAAGAAAAGACUCAUGUAUUCCGAGGCUUAGAGGAGAUGUGCUAAAGAUUCCACGCCUUAAAAUUGAAGAUGGUACGGAAUGUUUAUUUCGAAACUUGAUGGCCUUGGAGCAGUGCCAUUAUCCAUUUGAAACUCAUAUUUGCAACUAUAUUGAUCUAAUGGAUGCUCUGAUCAACACGAGAAAAGAUGUGGAUUUGCUUGUUGACCAUAGAAUCAUCUCUAAUUGUGUGGGCGACCAUGAUUCAAUUAAAGAGAUGUUUAACAGACUUUGCCUUGAGAUUACGCAAAGUACUUCCUGUUACAAACAAAUUUGCGACGGGCUGAAAAAACACCACGACAGAUGGUGGAAUCGCACCAAGGCAACGUUGAUAAGUGUGUACUUUGAAAAUCUUUGGAGAGGCACUGGAACUGUUGCUGCCACCAUACUGUUGCUGCUCACUCUGUUACAAACCAUCCAAAGAUUCUAUCCGGAACUGUUUAUGCGUAAAAAAUAAUUAAAGUUUUUUGUGAAUCUAGUACUUGUAUAAUUAGAAUGUCUACUUCCUACUACUAAGCUUGUAAUAACUUCGGAUCUGUAGCUUUCAUAUAUAAUAAUGUAUUCUCUUUGACGCCAUAUGUAUUGUUCACCCAUUUGCAAUAAUAUAUUGUGCUUUCAUAUAUA